AUGUCUUCCGACACCCUUUCACGACUGCAAAACGGGUCCUUGUCCAAAGAUGCCCUGGAAGAAGGCUGCUAUGCUUAUGUCCCCGGGGUCGAUACCUCGUACGACUAUGUCCCCUCCAAGGCAGCGGGCAUCGCCUUCUGUGUACUAUUUGGACUGUCGAUGCUGGUGCAUAUAGUCCAGUUCUGCUGGAAGCGGACCUGGUGGUGCAGCGUGUUCGCAAUUGGAUGUUUAGUCGAAUUGCUCGGAUGGGCUGGUCGGACCUGGUCCGCAGUGUGCCCGUACAACUCGACGGCAUUCAUGAUCCAAAUCUCCACGCUGAUCAUCGCACCGACCUUCUUCACUGCCGGCAUCUACGUGCUCCUCGGCCGCUUCAUCCAGCUCUUCGGCCCGCAAUGCUCUAAGCUCUCGCCACGCCUGUACCUCUGGAUCUUCUGCACCUGCGACAUCAUCUCGCUGGUCGUGCAAGCCGCCGGCGGUGGCAUGGCGUCAUCAGCCUCGGGCUCGCACGGCGACACGGCUGCGGGGACCAACACCAUGGUGGCCGGCAUCGUAUUCCAGCUGGUCUCCAUCACGGUAUUUGUGUACUGUGCCGCUGACUUCCUGCACCGCAGUAUUAGCCGCGGGCUUUUGCGUAUCUCGCUAAGCCCUGUUACCAUCCUCCUCGGCGCCAUGGUGCUCUCCAUUCUCUGUAUCUAUAUCCGCAGCAUCUACCGCACGAUCGAGCUGGCCCAGGGCUGGUCGGGCUACCUCAUUACCCAUGAGUCGUACUUUAUCGGGCUUGAUGGGGCUCUGAUGGUGCUUGCUGUUGGUGUUUUUAAUGUCUUUCACCCUGGCUGGCUUAUCCCGUCGCAGUGGGAGUUUGCGCUGCCGAAGGAUCAGUCCAAUGUCGAGUUGGUGACCGAGGCGGACAGCUAUGAGAGUUUCCGCCGCCGUGUUUAA